AUGACUUUGAAUAACCUUAGUGGCGAUAGUUUCAAUGGAACUCUUGCUAAUUCGGUGCAUCUUACAACUACAGAACACAUUGUUAUAGCUGUAAUUAUGCUCAACCUUUCCUUUUUGGGAAUGGUGAUGAACGUCGGUGUGAUUCUUACAUAUAUUCUGAACAAGGAGUUACAGAAUUCUGUCAAUAUGUUCAUAGCGUCAUUGUCGGUUGGAGAUGCUUUGAUGUCGUUUUUAGCAGUUUUGGUGGCCGUAAAUAACUUUGCCGAAGAAUGGCUUUACGGGGAUGCAGGGUGCACGUUUUACGCGUUUUCCAUGACCUUUUUGGGUCUCGCCGCUAUAAACCAAAUGAGCGCAGUGGCCGCUGAUAGGUACGUUGUGGUCACACGACCCCACUCAGUACUGGUUGAGAAACCAGCAGCAGUCACAACGAUUGUCAUAUGCUGGCUAGCGGCGGGAAUUUGGGCUGUAAUGCCCCUUGUGGGAUGGAGCUCUUAUCAGCCGGAGGCAGAUGGCACCCAUUGCAGCAUCCACUGGGAAACAGAGGAUGAAAACGCAAGAAGCUACAUCAUAUCAUUGUUUGUUCUUGAGUUUUUCUUGCCUAUAGUUAUCAUAUGUUUUUGCUAUGGUAACAUCUUCCACAAGUUUAAGUUUAUUGGAACUAAGGUACAUAAUGAGAAAAGUACCGCAUAUCGCCGCAGAAAACGUGUAGAGAGAAGACUGGCCAAAGUGAUAUGUUUGAUGAUUGGUUGUUUUUUGGCCUCCUGGACCCCAUAUGCGGUGUUCUCAAUGUGGGCGGCGUUUGGUGAUGUCACGUCCAUACCCAGUUUGGCGCGCGUCGUCCCAGCUCUACUUGCUAAGCUCUCAUGUGUAUGGGACCCCAUCAUCUACGUUGGGGGUAACGCCCAUUUUAGGACCCACUUUGUAAAAUACUUGCCAAGAAUGCUUACCAGAAAGUGCAUUGAAGAAGGUGAGGAUCAAAGAAGAAGCGACAAAAGCAGAAGUUCAUUACCAGUCGAAGAAAGAAAGCAAUGCGAACUCAAAGAAAUCAUAAAGGAAAAUGGCACGCAAGAUUUGAGUGGUGAAGAUGAAUAGAAAUACAUGACACAGUGUGUGGUGAGAAUACUGGUUGAUCGAGUUGCUGACGACCGUCCACAAAUACCCAUCAGAUCUUGAAAGACAGCCUUUGUGUACCCGAAAAUACUACCUGAAAACCGUUUGUGUUCUUUUUGUUAGGUGAAAGAAGAUGAGAUACACUUCAUGUACCACUGUAUUAGAUAUAUAACAAGGAAGCAUGACUUGUUUGCACUAAUAGAAAAUUACAUGUAAAUGAAAACUAUUCCCGUAAGUGACAAUGAGAAACUUAUUGCUUUGCUCACAACAAAGGACACACAAACCUUGCUGAGUACGAGUCAUUAUAGUACAAAUGAUUCCAAACUCGUAGUGACGUUUUGUGAUGUGUAAUUGCUGUAAAUAAUUUCUGGUAUUUAUGCAGUUUGCCCCCCAAAGAUAUGAAGCAGACAGAUUGAAUGUGAGCAGGCAAGAAAAAAAAAACACCUUGUAGCAAAAAUACAUUGGCAUUUGUACAAUGUCUGUGCCUGUUUUGCUAUAGCUUACCUUGAUGAGUUAUAA